UCCUAAGGGUAAAUAAAUAUAUAUGUGACAUAUACCAUCUACUUUGAUUCAAAUGACCAUUUUAAUAAACAACAACCAUGUGGAUUUGUCUUAUUUUUAUUUUAGAAUAUUUUUCUACAACAUUCGCUGACACUGUACCAGAAAUAGCAUCAAGACUUCAAAACAUUACAACAGAAGCCGAUACUGACGUUAGGUUCCACUGCACCGUGACAAACAGAGGUGACUCAAGUAUCCAGUGGUGGUAUGUAAGCGGUAAGAAGAGUAUUGCUAUUGGUUUACAGUUUGGUAAAGGAAUAUCACAUGACAAAUACCAUGUGGAGGAAACUUCAAACACAAGCGACAUUACUGUCAGUACACUGACAGUUCGUUCUGUACAUUCUGAGGAUGAAGGAAUGUACCGUUGUGUUAUAAGAAUACCCAGAGUUGCAUACCCAGCAUGGCCAAAAGAAAAUGGUUUUAUUUAUAUUCAAGAAAAUCAUAAAAUGGCGACAGAGAAAAAUAGCUUGGUGUCAACGACUGAGGGAACGAAACAAGGCACGCUGGAUGUCAAUAUAGAAGUUAAACCUACAAAUAAUGUGAAAUCAAGUACAGUUUUAUCAGACAAGCAAACGGGACAAAAUACAGCUUCUUGUUUGUCAAAUGGUUCUUUUCUUGUUUACGCUUGUGCAAUGGUUGUGUUUAUUGUGACAAUAACUUAAACAUGUA